AGUGAAAAGAAAGAGAACGCAACGGAACGUCCAUGGGAAAGCAGAAGCAGCAGUUCAUUUCCCGCUUUUUCGCUCCCAAGCCGAAAAAUGCUUCUUCUCCAUCUUCUUCUUCACCCUCUGUUCCUUCCCCUAACCCAAACCCACCAACUCCUCCCCCUAAAGUCUCCGCCACAGUCUCCUUCUCCCCCGCCAAACGAAUUCGAUCUUCCAAACUCGCUUCACCCAAAAACUUAACAAACUCUCAACUACAGAACCCCUCCAAGAAGCCAAAACUCUCUCCACACACUCAAAACCCUAUCCCUCCUCUCCCUAACCCAUCCCUCCACCAAAAAUUCAUCCAAAAGCUACUUGAACCCUCUACUUCGUCUCCGCAGACAGCAAAACCUCCUCCACCCAACCUCAAAUACACUCCUUUAGAGCAGCAAGUCGUUGAUCUUAAAGCCAAGUAUCCUGAUGUUCUCUUAAUGAUCGAAGUCGGAUACAAGUACAGAUUUUUCGGCGAAGAUGCUGAGAUUGCUGCUAGGGUUCUGGGGAUUUAUGCACAUGUUGAUCAUAAUUUCUUGACAGCGAGCAUUCCAACGUUUCGGCUCAAUGUUCAUGUAAGGAGACUUGUCAGUGUUGGGUACAAAGUCGGUGUAGUUAAGCAGACCGAGACUGCAGCUAUCAAGGCUCACGGGACUAAUCGGUUGGGGCCCUUCUGUCGUGGGCUUUCGGCUUUGUACACGAAGGCGACGAUUGAAGCAGCAGAGGAUGUUGGCGGAGGCGAGGAGGGUUGUGGGUCUAGUAGUAAUUAUUUGCUUUGCGUUGUUGAGAAGGGAGUUUUGGUUGAGAACGAGGAUUGUGGUGUGGAGAGUGGCUUUGAUGUCAGAAUUGGGCUUAUUGCUGUGGAAAUAUCUACUGGGGAUGUUGUUCAUGGGGAGUUCAACGAUAAUGUUAUGAGAUCAGGGCUUGAAUCUGUGGUUUUGAGCUUGUCUCCUGCUGAGAUACUUAUUGGGGAUCCUCUUUCUAGACAAACAGAGAAGUUGCUGUUGGCUUAUGCUGGGCCUGCAUCCAAUGUUCGAGUUGAGCGUGCAUCACGCAACUGCUUCUGUGAUGGUGGGGCACUCGCUGAGGUCAUGUCUUUAUAUGAGAAGACAGGGGACGAUGCUACAGUGGAUUAUCAAGAGCAAAAUUCAGACGCUACAGAACGGGAAAAUAAUUGGCUGGGGAUUGAGGGAAUCAUUUCAAUGCCAGAGUUGGCUGUCCAAGCAUUGGCCUUAACCAUUCGUCAUCUAAAGCAAUUUGGUUUAGAAAGGAUUCUGUGCCUGGGUGCUUCAUUUCGGCCUUUCUCUACUAACAUGGAAAUGUCUCUAUCGGCCAAUGCCCUCCAACAACUAGAGGUGUUGAAGAAUAAUUCUGAUGGGUCUGAGACUGGAUCUUUACUACAGUUAAUGAAUCACACUCUUACCAUAUUUGGUUCAAGGCUUCUUAGACACUGGGUAACCCAUCCUUUGUGUGAUAGAAGCUCAAUAUAUGCACGUCUAAAUGCUGUUUCUGAGAUUGCAGACUCAAUAGGACUGUGUAGAGCUCCAGAGAGUUUUGAUGGACCUUAUGAGAAAGAUUCAUGUGUGACUGCACGAUGUAAGGUUAUCUAUUUGUUAUCUUCAGUUUUAACAACUUUAGGAAGGUCACCUGAUAUUCAGCGUGGGAUUACAAGAAUUUUCCAUCAGACUGCCACUGCAUCUGAGUUUGUUUCAGUCAUGCAUGCUAUUUUAGAUGCUGGAAAACAAUUUCAGCAACUCAAUAUUGAAGAAGAGGACUACAACGGGAGAGUGGAGGAGCAGGCUGUGCAUUCAGCUCUAUUGAGAAGGUUGAUUUUGACAGUCUCAUCAUCCACUGUUAUUGGUCAUGCUGCUAAGCUUCUUGCUGUUCUUAACAAAGAUGCAGCUGAUCAAGGGGAUUUGGAGAACUUAUUUAAUGUUUCUAAUGGACAAUUCCCAGAGGUCACCAGAGCCCAGACGUCAUUUCAAAUUGCAAAGGAGAAGUUGGAUUUAUUAAUUGGUCUUUACCGGAAACAGCUUGGGAUGCACAAUUUGGAAUUCAUGAGUGUGUCAGGAUCCACGCACCUAGUAGAGCUGCCGUCAAAUGUAAAGGUUCCAUUAAAUUGGAUUAAGGUCAACAGUACUAAAAAGACAGUUCGUUAUCACCCUCCUGAAGUUUUGACUGCUUUAGACCGGUUAUCACUUGCCAAAGAGGAACUUGCUGUUGCUUGUCGGGCUGCAUGGGAUAGUUUCUUAAUGGGUUUUGGUAAAUAUUAUCCUGAAUUUCAAGCUGCUGUACAAGCCCUAGCUGCUUUGGACUGUCUGCAUUCACUUGCCAUCCUUUCGAGAAAUAAGAAUUAUGUCUGUCCAACUUUUGUGGAUGAUGACGAACCUGUCCAAAUACAUAUUCGUUCUGGUCGCCAUCCAGUUCUGGAGGCAAUAUUACAAGAUAAUUUUGUCCCGAACGACACUGAUUUGCAUGCAGAUAGAGAGUAUUGUCAGAUUGUUACUGGUCCAAACAUGGGUGGAAAGAGUUGUUAUAUCCGCCAGGUUGCUCUCAUAGCUAUCAUGGCUCAGGUUGGUUCCUUUGUACCAGCGUCGUCAGUAAAGUUGCAUGUGUUAGACGGAAUUUACACCCGAAUGGGGGCAUCUGACAAUAUUCAGCAAGGAAGGAGCACUUUUUUAGAGGAACUGAGUGAGGCUUCUUAUAUAUUCCACAAUUGCACAUCACGUUCACUGGUGAUCAUUGAUGAACUUGGGCGAGGCACAAGUACGCAUGAUGGCAUUGCAAUUGCUUAUGCAAUAUUGCACCACCUUGUGGCACAGAAAAGAUGCAUGGUCCUCUUUGUGACUCACUACCCUAAAAUUGUGGAUAUCAAGGAUGAAUUUCCAGGCUCAGUUGGGUCAUGCCAUGUUUCAUAUCUAACAUCACAGAAGACAGUGGAAAUUGCAGAUUCGAAAUCAGAUCAGAACGUUGAGGAUCUUGACCAAGGCAAUCUCACUUUCCUUUAUAAGGUUGUACCUGGCACAUCAGACAAGAGUUUUGGUCUUAAUGUUGCCAGGCUCGCUCAGUUACCUUAUCUGUGUAUCUCACGAGCUGCUGUCAUGGCUGCAAAGUUGGAAGAAGUGGUAAGCACCCGAAUGGCACAUAAAUUGUUGCUGGGCACACCAUCUGUUCAUGAAGAACUUGUAGCACAUGAAAAUUUCUUCGCAUCCAACUACUGUUCGAAUGGAAAUGGAUUUUCUGCUUGUUCUUCAAUGGAUGGGAUGGAGGGCUUGGAAGAAUUGGCUGAUCUUUAUCAUAAAUUCUUUAUUGAAUUGAAAUCUGCGGUAGCUGAGGUGGCCUCUGAGAAUUGUUACCAAUCUUUGAAGCGUGCUAGAAUCAUUGCUUUGAGUAUAUUAAACAGGUAAAAUUGUUAUUUUCCUCGGAAU